UCAAAACAAGCAAUGAUGAAAUUUCUUCAUCUAAAGAUACUUUUCCUUUGUCUUCUUUUAGAUGUGAUCUUUGCAGCAAAACCGUGUACAAAUAUUCCACCAUUUCUCAACCGUUUACGAGAUGGUGUUGAUAUAACCAAACUUGACCUACUACCAUUAGGUUUGGUCAGCAACGACGGAUUCAGAAAUCCUGUGAUUGAUUAUACCUGUGACUUCAAUAUCACAAGAAACUUGGAUGGGAUUUUAUACAGCAUACCAGACCAAGUUUGGAGUAUUGUAAAUAUUCCGAAUGGAUUACUAGAUACCCACGUUGAAAUACACAAGAACAGUCAUAGCUUUAAAAAUUCCCUGGCAGUAAAAGUUGAUAUCAAAGUUUUUGGAGGAUUAUUUUCUUCAAGCUUGACAUACAAGAAAGUACAAAGCUAUUUCAGCAGUGGGUCAAAGUAUGUUGAAGAUUUGACUUCCCAUACAGCUGGGUAUAAAGUGAACAUGAUGCCGGAAUGGGGACUUGAAUUCGGUCAAUUUGCUAAAAUUUAUAUCGAAAAAUUCUUGCCACAACAUUUGAAUGAUACUACUAUUACGAAGUACAUGAGAUUCAUUGAAACCUUUGGAACACAUUACUUUAAACAAGGCCGAUUUGGAGGUAUACUGCGACUGUUCCUAGCCACCGAUAAAAGUUACUUCAGGAAAGGCUCGGAAAAGAAGGUCGAGAUAGAGGCGAAAUCAAUAUUCAAAAAGAUUCUAAACAUUGGUGGAAAGUUUUCUAUGAGUACAAAAAGUGAUGAUUCGAAAUUUGCGGAGGCUUCAAGGAAGAUUGUAAGAUAUUAUGGAGGGAAGACUAAUUUACUAGCAGAAGAUGGUAUUUCUACAUGGCAACCAACAGUAUUAAAAAAUCCUUGGCUUUACGGAGGGGGUUUGGUAGAAAUAUCUGGAAUGGUUGAAGAUGAUACCAAGCGGCUGUCCAUGCAAAAGGCCGUUCAGAUUUAUACCGACAAAGCAUAUCUUAAAGAACUGUUGCCGGAAUUUAAAGCUCGUUUUACAAAACAAAAUUGGAGAAAAGUUAACAUCUUGCCAUUUAUUCAUAGAGCGAUGGAAUUGUUGCAAAAGCCUAUACCUAUACACAGUAAAGUAAUAACGCUAGUAAGAAUGAUUUCACCUGCUCCUGAUUGGUACAAAGAUAUACGAUUGUGUUUUCAAUGGACAUACCUUUACCAGAAAUCACAGAAAUGUAACGAAGGACAAAUAAGACAGAGUUGCGAAAAACCCGGGUAUAGUCCAAAUAGAUAUUUAUAUCUAUCUGCUCAUAAAGUAACUGAUAAAGAUAACCAAGAUCUUACUUGCCCUGUACAAUGGGGAUUUUUUUCUUUUGGGUACGAAAUCUGGUUUAGAAAUUUUGGAUUGUGUUUCAGAUGGAAUGAUUAUAUAAAUGCAGGAAUUGGAAAAUGUGGUAAAGCAAAAAAUGAAACAGUUUGCGGACAAUUAAACUCGUUUGUUUCCAUAUCAUUGAGUAAUAUAGACAAUUCUGACUGUCAUAUGGAGUGGAUGUUGUCGAUCCCUAAACCAUCUCCACUAUGGCUGCAAAAUACCAAAAUUAUGAUGCAGUAUACGUGUCAAAGUGUAAAACGGGUACGUGGUAGAACACUUUACGAAUAUAAAUAUACGUAUGCAGAUGCCAGUCGAUUUAGAGAUAUCACUCCUAGCUUAUAUAUCAAAGGGCAUCGUUGUGUUUGUUUUGUGAAAUCGUUUGGAAUCACUCAUCCUGAUUACCCUUCAUACUAUUAUAGAUAUUUGAAUUGA